GAGCGCUGUGAUGGUUUCCUGAGUGAUCGCGGUUCCCUGCGUGUGUGUUUAUUUGGGGGUGCAGACAGGUUAUAGCGCUUUCUCUUAUUAACCUCUUACAAUCACACACUACGCAGGAUAGCUUCUUUUUGAUUUGUACACCUCCAGUUGUGUUUUUUUAAUCAUGGCUAAAUCUGGGGAGUGAUGCGUAGUUUAUUUGAAUGAAGCGGAAGCCCGAAGACCCGAAAUGAGCUCCACCACCGGCCGGGAUGCUGUUGUUUCUGUCGCCGCUGUCAAUCUGUCCAACACCGGGGUACCGGUCCCGUCCAGCAGGGCCCUGCACGUCGACCUCCUGUCUCAGCAACGACGCCUGCGUCACCUUCGAAGCAUCGCAGCCCGGAAUAUUGUUAACAGGAACGGCUCUCCGCUGCUGGACACGCUCUUUACACUGCACUUGUGCGCCGGCUCUCGAAUAUUCAGAGCCUUUUACAAGAGUGAAGUUGUAAGAGACUCAUUGGUAAGUAGGAUCUUCAGCAUGUUAUAA